AUGUCGUGUCUAUCUACACGCUCUUUUUUUAUUCACUUUCAUCUACGUUCAUCUGGCUUUCCCUCUUGUAAACUAUGGUUAUUUUACAUUGGCAAUCUAUAUAAGACACUCCCGUUACUCUCCCUUGCCUCACACGUUGUUUCUUUCUCUCUCAGUAUCUCUCACUUUCUUUCUUUCUCUCUCUCUCUCUCCCCACCCCAACGAUUAAUCAUUUUACUUAAAUCCUUUUUCUACUUUACCCUCUUUACUCCAUCACACUUCUUUUUCACUUCCUCUUUUUCAGUCACCCAUUCUCGCCUCUUAUUAAACUAUGGUGCUUUCAAAUUGGCAAUCUAUAUAAGAGACUCCCGUUACUCUCCCUUCUGUUUCAUUUUGUUUCUCUCUCUCUCUCUCUCUGUCUCUGUCUGUCUGUCUGUCUCUGUCUCUCUCUGUCUGUCUGUCUGUCUCUGUCUCUGUCUGUCUGUCUGUCUGUCUCUCUCUCUCUCUCUCUCUUUUCCAACGAUUUAUAACUUUUCCGUAAUACCUUUCCCUUUUCUCCUCCAUCAAUUCCUCUCUUUCAGUCACCCACUCUCACUGGUAUACUCCUCUACUCACCCGCACUGA